GGGGAAGUUUAGGAGAGGACAACUAAGGUCCGAAUAACAUCGAGCUAUACCACAACUCCGUCGCUCUUUACACCAAGUCCUUCUCUACACGCCGAUCAUAAUUUCUCUGCCGACAUAAUGGUUGUUCUGGCAGCGUCCAUCUGCACGCGCGGCGGCAAGGCCGUCCUCUCACGUCAAUUCCGUGAGAUGCAGCGAUCCAGAAUCGAGGGUCUUCUUGCUUCUUUCCCCAAGCUCGCCGACAGCGGCACUCAGCACACAACCGUCGAGCAGGACAAUGUCCGCUUCGUGUACCAACCCCUGGACGAGCUAUACAUGGUCCUCAUCACAAACCGUCAAUCAAACAUUCUCCAGGACAUCGACUCGCUGCACCUCUUCGCCCAGGUUGUUACUAGCAUCUGCAGAAGUUUGGAUGAGAGGGAGAUUCUGCGCAAUGCUUUUGAGCUGUUGAGCGCUUUCGAUGAGCUGGUUACUCUGGGCUACCGCGAGAACCUCACCCUGAGCCAGAUCAAGACCUUCCUCGACAUGGAGUCGCACGAGGAGCGUAUCCAGGACAUCAUCUCAAGGAACAAGGAACUCGAAGCCACAGAGGAGCGCAAGAGAAAGGCAAAGCAACUGGAGAUGCAGCGCAAGGAAGCCACUCGUUCCGGUCGCGCCAACAUGCCCAGUGCUCCUUCAUAUCCCACCUACACGCCUCCGCCCACCCAACCCGCCGUCACCGAUACCUACGAUUCAUACAACGCCGAGAAGAACAAGUCCUUCCAGAAGGGUCUCCCCUCCCGAAGCAAGGGCAUGCAGCUCGGAAAGAAGACAAAGACAACGUCAAUGUUCGAGCAGGUCCGUGGCGAUCUCGGUCCCGAAGCAGAGGCUCCUCUGAUUCCCGCUGCACCUGCUGCCAGCGCCCCUGUCCAAGCCGCCGCUCCCGCCGUUUCUUCCGAUCGCGAAGGUCUUCACAUCACAGUCGCCGAGACCGUCUCAGCAAAGCUUAGCCGAGAGGGUUCUCUCGAGUCCUUUGAAGUCAAGGGCGACCUCCAACUCCGCAUCACCGACCCUUCUCUCACACAAGUCCAGCUUGCUCUUGCUCUGGGUGACACUCGUGGCGCGCAACUAAAUUCGCAUCCUAAGGUCGACAAGGCCACUUUCAAGAAUGACAAAAUCAUCCAACUCACAGACACUUCAAAAGGCUUCCCCGCAAACAAUUCGAUCGGCGUCAUGCGCUGGAGACUGGCUGCAAAGGCUGAAGAUAUCAGCGAUCCUCCAAUUACCUUUACUGCUUGGGUGAACGAAACUGGCUCUGGCACAUACAACAUCACUUUGGAAUACGAGCUUACCGGUGGAGAUGCCCUCAACGACGUGACUGUCUCGAUACCCUACCAAACCAGCGAACCUUCAGUCUCCAGCUUCGAUGCUGUCUACGAAGUUUCUGGCGACAGUGUUGACUGGACCAUUGGCGAUGUAGAUGACACCAACGCUACUGGCAGCUUCGAGUUCGAGGCACAAGCCGAAAGCGAGGCCGAGUUCUUCCCCAUGAACAUCCGCUUUGCCAAGACGAGACCAUAUGUUGAAGUCGACGUCUCAUCCGUAACAUUGUUGAACUUGGGCCAGGACAUCUCUUUCUCAAAGGAUGUCAAGUCGGUUGCGGACGGAUACAUGGUGGUUUAAGGUCUUUAGAUUGGUCGGGCGUAAUUAGAUAUGUCAUGAAAAGCAAACGAGUAUUGGUUACUACCCC